GAGCCGGCAGCGUUCCGGCUCCCGCGACUGUAAGGCGCGCGGUGCCACUGCCCGGUGGCCCCGGCUUCCGCGUCCCAGGCCCGGCUCAGCCCCGGCCUCCGCCCCGCUCCCGCCCCAGCCGCGGCCCGCCGAGCCCGCGGGCAACCGAGCCGCCAGCGACGCCCGCACAGCCGCGGGGGCCCGGGCGGGGGGCCAUGCCGUGCCGGAGGGAGGAGGAGGAGGAAGCCGGCGACGAGGCGGAGGGGGAGGACGACGACGACAGCUUCCUCCUGCUGCAGCAGUCGGUGACUCUGGGCGGCUCGGCCGACGUGGACCGGCUCAUCGCCCAGAUCGGCGAGACGCUGCAGCUGGACUCGGCGCACGACGGCCCGGCCUCACCGUGUGCUGCCCCGGGUCCCCCGGCCCCGCCUCCGCCCCCGCGGGUCCUGGCGACGCUGCCGGCGGACAAGGCCGGGGCCCCGGCGAGGCGGCUGUUGUGGCCGGCCGCGCCUGCGGAGGCCGGGGACCCGGCGCCCCCGGGGGCCGUGCGCUGCGUGCUGGGAGAGCGUGGGCGCGUGCGGGGCCGGGCGGCUCCAUACUGCGUGGCGGAGCUCGCCGCGGGCUCCAGCACGCUGCCCGGGCCCGGGCGGCGGGGAUGGCUCCAGGGUGCCGUGGCAUCUCGGCGAAUCCAGCAGCGGCGAUGGGCCCCAGGUGGAGCGCGUGCUGGCGACGACGACCCGCACCGGCUCCUGCAGCAGCUCGUGCUCUCGGGGAACCUCAUCAAGGAGGCGGUGCGCAGGCUCCAGCGAGCGGUUGCCGCGGUCGCAGCCACGAGCCCCGCGAGCGCCCCGGGGUCCGUGGGUGGCCGAAGCGGACCGGACUCAGUCACCCUGCAGUCCUCGGACGCCUGGCUCUGACCCGGGGUUCCCGGAGAAGGAAGACGACGCGGCUACUCCGAUCCAACAGUGUUCUGGUCCGGACAGUCCGGAGCUAAAGCCGUCGUCCAUUCCACGGGCUACAGCCCCAAAGUUACGGGCCGUGCGAGGCUGUUAGAGAAAACGGACUCGGCUGUGCAGCAACGGCAGCCGAGGACCUGGGAUUUACCGAGAGAACUGUGGCAGCUACUUGAUCGACUUGGACCUGACUUAGCCCUUAGGGGACGUCGUGUGCUUGGAUUGUUUAUAGAUGUGGCUCAUAGGGGCGGGAGUCAGGAGGGCUUUCUAACAAUACUUGAAAACGA